AUGUCAAGUUAUCAAGACACUGUACAGGCUAAGAUCUUUAAGUUUAGUUCUGUCUGGAUACACUGCCAAGUCUAUCUGAUGGGGUGGGGAAACAUCUACAGAAGGCGCAUGAGAGUGUUCACAUUGGCUAUUGUAAUUUACAUGGAUUAUAAGGCUUUACAGCAGAGAGAGAAAUGGAUGAGCAAAACAAAAAGGGCUGAUCUAUGGCAGAAAGCACAUGAGCGUAAUGCAAAGCGUGUCCUUAAUUUAAUGAUAGCGUUGGAAGGUUUGUGGGUUAAACUUGGACAGUACUUAUCCACACGUGCUGAUGUGCUCCCUGAGCCCUAUAUAUGCCUUCUAAAGCAGUUACAGGACUCUCUUCCUCCGCGUCCCUUGGAAGAGGUAAUUUUUUCAGCUAAGAAUUUCAAAAUAUCACUGGAGUGGGACUGCCCAUCUAGUUUUUUUUUGUCAUACUCAUGGAGACGCAUGCAAUCUACCAGAAGCAAAAUUAGUAUUUUAUGCUUUCACAAAAACAAUCAUUUGUUCAUUUGA